GCUAUUUAGAUAAUAGAGAGGGGUAAGCAGGGAUAACCUCAACCGGACUCAGUGUUUCCUUUUUUUUUUUUUUUUUUUUUUGCCCCCUUUUUAAGACUUUACUGCUAAAACCGCAGCCUUGCCCCCCCCCGCGCCUCUGCGUCUGAUGUCACAAUCCAGACGAACUACCAAUCCCAGAAUGCCGUGCAAAGAGGCGGGUUCUACGGGAGCAGCCGAGUGAUUGGCGAGCGGAGGCGUUUCCUUCCGGUGGGAAGGGCGUCGGAGGCGGGGACUAGGGGAGGUGUUUGGACAUUAUUACCGGGUUGGGCGGGCCCCGUCUGGGAGGGUUUGUGGGUGAGCCCUGGGUCCCCCGCCCGCUGAGGAGAUGGAUGAGGACGGGCUUCCUCUCAUGGGGUCAGGCAUAGACCUGACCAAGGUGCCAGCUAUUCAACAGAAAAGAACGGUGGCAUUUCUAAACCAGUUUGUGGUGCACACUGUACAGUUCCUCAACCGCUUUUCUACAGUUUGUGAGGAGAAACUGGCAGACCUUUCUCUUCGUAUCCAGCAAAUUGAAACAACUCUCAAUAUUUUAGAUGCAAAGUUGUCAUCUAUCCCAGGCCUAGAUGAUGUCACAUUUGAAGUAUCUCCUGUAAGUGUCACUGGUAUCACAGAAGAAUCACAUUCUGAAACCACUUCAGAGAAAUCACAGCAGAACAGUUUACAAGACUCUGGACCACAGGAAAGUGAAGUAACACCAGAAAAUAUCUUAACUGUAGCCAAGGAUCCAAGAUAUGCCAGAUAUCUCAAAAUGGUUCAAGUGGGUGUUCCAGUGAUGGCAAUAAGAAACAAAAUGAUAUCGGAAGGACUAGACCCAGAUCUUCUUGAGAGGCCAGAUGCUCCAGUGCCUGAUGGUGAAGGUGAAAAAAAUACAGAAGAAAGUUCAGACAGUGAAUCUUCUUUUAGUGACUAAGCUUAAUUUUGAUAACAGUUACAUAUACAUGUGUAGGUAUACAUUUACAUUCUAUAAGAAAGAGAACCUGAACUUGAACUCUAGUCAUAAAAACAUCAACUGGCCAUAUAUCCACCGCCAAACCUCCUCUAUGUUAAAAAAAUAAAAAUAAAGCGUUUAUAACCUGGCA